GUGUAAAGUGUAAACAACAAGAAAGUACAAAAAAGAACAAUCCCUUUUGUUAAUAAAGGAAUCAUUUGUCCAAAACUUCAUCUGCUAAUGGCCUUCCAAGCUUCAAUUCUUUAUCUCCAAGUAGCAAGUAGCAGUAUUAGGAUUAUUAAAUAAAAUACAUUAAUUGAAGUACACAGUACUUAUCUUCUUUCUUGUUUUCUGAGACCCGUACUGCUAACAGACAUUUCUCCAACAUUCCAGCUACAAAUAAGACUUGAGAGCUAGGGCUUAAACCCUUUUAGGUUUAGGGUUCUAAGACAAAAAACUCAUGCCGUUUUGACUUGUGUCGUUCCCACUCUCACCUCAUUAUUCGUUAGUCAUUUAACACUGGUUACAGAAUUACGACGUGGUCGAAACCCACGAAGGAACCAACCUUUUCCUAUCCAAAUCUGGGAGCUACAGCACAUUUGAUUCGGGCCCUCCUUGACAAUAACAUCUAUGGCAAGAUUGCAAGUGCCACUUAGAUGGGAAAAUUCUCCUUCUUAGAUCCUGCAAAAUGGUAGUAGGUCGGAGAUUCCCAAGCAGUCACAAUUGCACACUGGUUCCGGACGUCAAAGCUGUAAAAAUCAGAAAGGAACACAUAGAAAUGCAGCGGCUCUGGGGGUAUCACAAGAUCAUUGUUCACCUCCAUCCAUCUUAGGAAUAACUAAAGGGCUUGUAGAGGAUUAUGCAUUUAUACUCAUAUCUUAAGUCUGAAGUCUUUCAGAAUAUGGAGAAAGAAAGAGAUAGAAGGAGAGCAUUUCCUCAAUAAAUCUAGGAGCUUAGAAGUACUAUUUUUCCAGCUCCUUCUGUUCCUUUUCCAAUUUUUUUCCUAAUUCUGUGUGUUGUUUGUGGGAUCAUCAUCUGAGGGAAUUCACUGUGGAACAGAAUAAGGUUGGUGCUGUUCUGGCUGUCAACCAAGAAAGGAAACAAAAAGAGAUCUGUUCUAGGUGUUGGUGAAGUAGUUUGUUAUUGUUUCUUCUUGUAGUUUUUCAUUAGUUAUUGACUGAUUUGAUUGCCUGUAAAUGAACACUCGAAAGACUCAGUUUCAAGAAUUGAACAAUGGGUUUGCAAGUGAUUAUUCUUUUGAAUCAUUUGGUCGAACCUAUGAAAAUUUCACUUCUCAGCAGCCUUUGAAUAUGGGAGCUUGUUUCCAAUCUCCUAUGCCAGCCUUGGAUGGAGGCUCACUACAGCCAAAUCUGAGGCCUUCCAAUUUAGCUAGCACUAUUUCAAGUCAUUUUGGACCACCAAAUUCUGCUUUUUAUGCAACUGAACGUUACAUGGGUUUUCCACAAUAUCAGUAUCAAAGUACCCGUCCAUGUUUCUCAGAAUUGCCAAAGAAUUAUGAGGAACCUUUUUCUGUUAAUUCAGAAAGGUGUGAUGACCUCGACCUUCAAUCAAGAGAUUCUUUACAAUCCAUUGUGAAACUUCCCUUCUGUAGCAAUCAGAAUGCUAGAUUUUCUGAUAUUUCCAAUCAAAGUUCAUAUACAAAUUUUCCUGGGGUUGAACUUCAUCCACUUCUGCCGUCUAAGUUGAUGGGUGAAGAUGCCACUUUGGACAACAGGAACCCCUCAAAUCCUUACAAGAGAAAUCAGAAUCCUAGAAUUGGUUACAAUCCAGCCACAUCUCCACUUGCACAACCAAGUUUACAUGUUCAGUCAGAAAAACAUGCUCUGAGACCUUCUGGAGGUGUUUCUGUUGCUUCUGGUAGCACUGUUACAUCUGGAGCAGCACCAUCAAGUAAAACACGGAUUAGAUGGACUCCAGAUCUUCACGAGCGAUUUGUUGAAUCUGUGAAUCGCCUUGGGGGUGCUGAAAAGGCAACUCCAAAAGGGAUCCUGAAGUUGAUGGAUUCUGAAGGAUUAACCAUCUUCCAUGUGAAAAGCCAUUUGCAGAAAUAUCGAAUUGCCAAGUACAUACCAGAAUCUGCAGAAGGAAAAACUGAGAGAACCUGUGCUAACAGCAUUCCUCAGAUUGACGCAAAAACUGGCAUGCAAAUCACAGAAGCAUUGCGACUACAACUGGAAGUCCAGAGGCGUCUUCAUGAGCAGCUAGAGAUUCAGCGAAACCUACAAAUGCGGAUUGAGGAACAGGGGAGACAACUGAAGAAGAUGUUUGAGCAGCAACAGAAAGCAAAGAAGAACUGGUUAGAUACCCAAAACUUGGACACCUUGUUCUCAGAUGACCAAUCGAACAGUGUUGAAGAUGUUCAGGUUUCUAGUGUAGGAGAAGGAUCAGAAGAUACCAACUUCCCAUCCAAUGAUUACCCAAGAUACUUCCCAUCAAAGAUAAGUUGAUUAGCUUUUGAAAUCACAUUAUUUGAUCUUUAAUUGGAAGCAGGGUGUGCAUUUGUGCAGUUAAUGUAUCAUGGGUUGUUAGUUCUUACAAAUUUUGUUCAACACAACAGAAUCAACAUAGUCGCGUAUUCUUUUGGUGAUUUUGCUACUUUACUUCUACUA